AUGGCCAGUGUGCUCUCCUAUUCUGUCAUAUGCUGGGAGAAUCCAGAUUGUAGUACGUGGGUCUUCGAGUCGAGGUUACAGGAGAAAGAAGUUCAUUUGCAGCAGUUACAGGCUGAUGAAGUAGAGUUGUGCCAGACCCUGAGACUACAGGUAGAAGAUCUCCAGAAGAGACUUGAGGAGAAAGACAGCAAACUCACUCAGGCGAACGAGGUGAUCAGAGCACUGAGGGAUGAGGUGCAGACACUGCAGCAACAGCUGGAGCAGCACAGACGGAAGUACCGUGAUGACGUUAUUGGACAGAGGGGCCAGCAGUGCCAGUGUGGAAGAGGAAAUGACAUCACUGCAUUGACAACAACUACCCUCCCAGACUGUCGUCCUUGUGAGCCAGAGACUGGUUCCUCAGAUGCAGGAACAUCACAGGAGGACCAGGAUGUUACAUCACAGGAUGUUGCAUCACAGAACACUCUGUUCUGCUCUCCUCUAGAAACUAGCAUUGGUGCUGAGGUAUGUGAGAUGCCACCAAACAUCUUCCUGUCCUGCACCUCGGAGGACGACCCAGCAAAUGUUUCAAUGCCUCCUGAUGACGUCAUGCUGACAUCAGCACAGGAACUGGAGGAACACCCGACAGAUGAUCUUCCACUGUCUCCUGGUGAUGGUACACGGACAUCAUCAAAGAAACUGAAACUUGAGAAUGACCCGGCAGAUGUUCCACUGCCUACUGGUGAUGGUACACGGACAUCACCAUGGCAACUUGAGGAUGACCCAGUAGAUGUUCCACUGUCUCCAAGUGAUGGUAGACUGACAUCAUCAAAGGAACUGAAACUGUCUAUGCUGUCAGUGAAGCUAGAAGACUGCCAUGACAUGCUGGGGCCUGAUGGAGUUUUUAAGAUGCCAACCUCAGAGGACCUCAGAGAUGACGAUGACCAAUGUUAUCAAGGUGAUGAUGGCGAUGACGUGGAUAACAGCCCAGAAAAUGAAGGAUUCAACAUCUGCUCAAAGGACGGAGAACUGUUGCCUGCAGCCGAGGAGAGCAUUGGGGAGCCCAAGGGGCAGCUGAAGAGGAAGAAGAGAGGAGGGAACAGGGUCAAGGCUAAAACUACUAACGCCAAACAUCACACGUGUACAGAAUGUGGUCAGACAUUUUCAUAUCUUAGCUGGCUAGCUCAACACCUAAGAAGAAAGCACGCCAGAAGAAAGCCCUCCACUGCCACUCCACUUGGAAACGUUUCCACUAACUCUCCACAUGAAAAUACACCCAGUGAAGGAUUCAACGUCUUCUUAAAGGACGGAGAAAUGUUGUCUGCACCCGAGGAGAGCAUCACCGAGCCUGAAGGAGAACAGAAAAGGCAGAGCAGAGGAAGGAAGACAGUUGAGGCAAAAACUACUCGGCAGUGCGCCAAGCGUUACAAAUGCAUGGAGUGUGGAGAGAGAUUUUCAUUUCCUAGUUGGCUAGCUGGCCACCUAAAAAGUAAGCAUGGUCAAAAAAAGGCCACAACUGCUGCUCCAUGUGAAGAUACAUUAACUGACUCUACACUUGAAAACACCUCCAUCAUCUCUCCACAUGAUGAUGCGCCCAGUGAGUGUCCACAUGAAAACCCAAAAGGUCUCGUCCAGGAAGAUUAUCACAAGGAGACCAAUGGAACGACUACAAAAGGAACAAAGAUUCAAACCAGAGGGGACGUCAGCGAUGGGGGUGAUGAUGAUGAUGAUGAUGAUGAUGAUUAUGAUAACAACGAUGCCGGCGACAGUGAUUACGACCCAGGAACCAAUGAUAUUACUACAAAAGGAAUACGAUCCAUUGAACUUGAUGUGUGUGGGAAAACAGAUUGGCCUAAACAAGGAACUGAAAGAAAACACCCUCCUUGGGAAUGUGAUGUGUGUGGGAAAGUACUUCGCACGAAGGAUUCUCUUCUUAAUCAUGAACGAAUACACACAGGAGAAAAACCGUAUGCCUGCAAGGACUGUGACAAAACUUUCAGACAUUCCAGUAAUUUCAUCAAGCACCAGAGAACUCAUUCAGGUACUGAAGAAAAACCUACUCCAUGCGAAUGUGACAUAUGUGGGAAAAUACUGUCGUGUCAGCGGAAUCUCAAGAUUCACAAGAAUGUACACUCAGAUGACCGACCUUAUGCCUGCAAACACUGUGACAAAACCUUCAGACAGAAAGGCGGUUUAAUAUCUCAUCAGAUAGUUCAUACUAAGGAAAGACCACACAAGUGCUCGCUUUGCCCCAAGGCUUUCACGAAUUCGUCAUACUUAAAAGUACAUGUCAGGAAACAUAAGGGAGAAAAAACCUAUUCAUGCACUCAGUGCUCCAAAAUGUUCUAUACUUCAAGCGAACUCCGCAGCCAUGAAGUAAGUCAUUCAGAUGACAAACCUUUCUUGUGUCUGCUGUGCGGGAUGAGAUUCAAAAAAAAACUCAGCCUUAAAGAACACGAGUUGAUGCACACUGGAGCGAAGCCAUUUUCUUGUACACAAUGCAACAAGAGCUUCGGAACAAAAACACGCCUAGUUUACCACAAUAGAACACACUCAGCAGAGGAGCGCUCUAAGCCAUUUAAGUGUUCUUUAUGCGAGCUCAGGUUUGUCAAACUAGCUAAUCUCAACCGUCACCAAGUUCGACACACUGCUGAAAAGCCUCACCUCUGCUCUGUUUGUGGGAGGACUUUCAAUCGUGUAGAAGCACUGAGGACCCACCAGAGAGUUCACACUGGAGAGAAGCCCUACCAGUGCACGGUCUGUGAGGAGAGAUUUGCCUACUCACAGGCUCUGCAGGUGCACCAGAAAAAAGUGCACAACAUUGAAUUCCACAAAUGUCGACAAUGUGGGCAGAGUUUUAAAUCCGCUACAGCCCUGAAAUCUCAUGAGUGUUCACAGAGUGUGAAUAGCACCCCAGUAAAUGGGGAGGUGGAUGGAGCACCUAAAGACAGUGCUGCUCAGUAGUGGAUAUGAAAGGUGAAUAAAUGACCUGAGACUGUAUAGACAUAAAGGCUGGACGUUGUAUUUCUAGUUUAUGAGAAGCCAUUUUUUAUAAUGGGCAGAGAGUUUGCCUUUUACAGGUUCAUAUUCAUGUCAACAAAACCCAUCACAGUAGCAGGUAGAUAUUAAAGUUAACAAAUGUGUUCUUACUAUGGAAGUGGUGGGUUAUAAAUGUUUUGAUUUUUAUAAAGAUGACAUUUCAUUAAGAAGCGCCUGACUUUUCUUCACUUGCAUAAUAGGAAUGAAUAUAGGAAGUGUAGGCUGGCCUCAUGUUUUUGUGUAAGAAUGUCAUGCUACCUGUAGUAUGUUCCGUGUGGUGGUGCAACACCUUUUGAAGUUCAUGCACUUUUGUCAUGUGAUGAGGUUUGCACAGUUUUCCCUCCUAACCAGUCAGUAAAGCAAUAGGCAGUCCCUCCAGGAAAUCGCGAUGUUGCGAUAGCGGCGUUUUUCGCAACUUCAAUGAAUUCCCACGAAUUCUGUGCGAGAGCGCAACUUUAACCCAUCACCGCGAUUUCCCGCAACUUUGAACACUUUGAACCAAUCCAUGUUGCGCUGACUUAACUGACGUCGACAAACUUCCUUUCAAA